AUGCAAAUGCUAUGGGCUGCGGAGAUCCAAGCGCGUCAGUUCGGGGUGCGCGGCUCUACGGAUCCCUUCGACCAUGCGCAGCUCCCCCUGCUGGCCACGAUGCAGUUUGACGGUUUUAUGCACAAAGGUGAGAAGGUGUUCAAGUCCGUGAAGUGGCCGAAGGAUUUUCAUGAAGAUCCCAUGAUCCUCGCCAACGCUUUGAGAUUUUCGCUGCAGGCCUCUAUGGGCUCCAAGCGGCGACAGGUUGCGCCGAUCAAGGCCAACCGUUGGCACCAGCUGCUGGCGCCGCCGGCGCAGAGCUGGGCGGGCUUCGAGAUGCAGCUGGCGCAGCUGGUGGAGCAGCUGGUGCUUCGGGCCGAGGUUGGCUCCGAGACAGCAGAUCGCCCAGUUCAGGAGGAGACGUGCGUUUGGUCCUCCUGGGACGCCCACAAACUGGCGCCAGCUCCGGCGCCGGAAGAAGCAGAGGAGGCGGAUCCAGAAACCUCCUCGCAAGCUCCCGGUUCCCGCGCGGCCAAGCGCCAGCGCCAGCGCGAGAGGCGCAAGCUGGGCAAGGCGCAGCCACCGAGGGCCUUUUCGCGGGAGAGCAUCACAGGGAUUUCGGCGAGCGUGUCUUGA